AUGGCCAGGCUGUCCUGCAGGAUUAUCAAGGAAAUCCAGUGCUUGCUGGCAGAACCAGUUCCUGGCAUUAAAGCAGAACCAGAUGAGAUUAACACCCAUUAUUUUUGUGUGGUCAGUGCUGGGCCCCAGGAUUCCCCCUUUGAGGGAGGGACUUUUAAGCUUGAACUAUUCCUACCAGAAGAAUACCCAAAGGCAGCCCCUAACAUACAUUUCACGACCAAAAUUUAUCAUCCUAAUGUAGACAAGUUGGGAAGAGUAUGUUCAGAUAUUUUGAAAGGUAAGUGGUCCCCAGUACGGCACAGGUCUGCUAUGGAUCCGGGCUUUGUUAAGUGCUCCAAUCCAGAUGGUCCACUAGCAAAUGAUGCAGCAGAGCAGUGGGAAAACAAGGUCCAAGCAUAG